CCGGAUGUGACAGGAGAAGGCGGAGGGACGAAGAAGCGUAUAAAAACUGCCGUCUGUGCUCUGGGUUUGUCAGAAAGCUUCGAAGCUUACCUGCCUGUCUCUCAACUCAAGCCUCCACCUGUUGUCCGAGUACUUGACUUCCUGCGUCAUUACCAUGGCUUUGCGCACUCCUACAAGAAGAACUUGCAAAAGUACUGGAAGCAAAUAGAAUGAUUGGAAUCAAUGCAACCUUCAAAGACGAUGGCGAAAUAUUCACUGUCAAGCUGCUGUGUGAUGGAGACCACGAAAUGGCGGACGCGCUGCUCAUUUUGGACAUCGAUAGCUCUCAGAUUAAAAUCUCUUACCGCAAAGACGGCGCAAGAGAAACUCCCAUAACAGUUCACAGGUGUCACUGCAUACCGAACAACGAUCUGCAAUUGUACAUCGAAACGGAGGCCAAAAGGUUCAAGAUAACUCUAAACGAAAAAAAAUUGGAGAACCUUCCUUACGACUUUCCUCUGAAGAUGGUGAAAUACAUCUGGAUCGAUGGAGACAUUGAUCUUACCAAGGUCGCCUUGCCAGACGAGGAUCAGACUCAAACCCCUUGUUGUCCAGGAAAAUGAACUCAGUCAUUUACUCUGUAGUUCUCAUGUCUUGAUAUAAUACGCCUCCUUGGAAAUCAUGUCAAGUAUUCAUGUAUUUCUUUUGUUACUGGCUGUUUUGCUGUGAGUAGAGUAUUGCAGACAAGCAGAGAAAUUAGUUAAGCUAAUUUUUAUGUAUACCCAUUUUGGAAACAUAUUUGCCGCAGUUGUUUUUACAUUUCAGUAAACUAAGACAAACAGAAAUUAUUAUCGU